CCUUUCAUUUCUCUCCAUCUCUCAUUUUGUUUCUCCUUUUCCUACGAGAAAAUAAGGGAGAAAACACCAGAAAACAAAGCCCCCAUCAAGCCAAAAAAACUGCACCUAAGCACCCCCGCCGGAAACGCAGUCGAUAUCUCUCACCCCUUAGCUCCCAAUUACCAACAAAAACAACUACAACAACAACAAAAACCUACCAUGAACAUUAAUAAUAAUAACACUACUACUACUACAAGACAUGGUAACGGCACCACCCAAGCAUGCGCUGCAUGUAAAUACCAACGCAGGAAGUGCGCUCCUGACUGCAUUCUCGCCCCUUAUUUCCCUCACGAUCGCCAAAGACAAUUCCUCAACGCCCAUAAAUUGUUUGGUGUCAGCAACAUCACCAAGAUCAUCAAGAACCUCAAUCAACCCGACAAGGACGAGGCCAUGCGUACCAUUAUUUUCCAAUCGGAUGUUCGUGCCAACGACCCUGUUGGUGGGUGUUACAGGAUCAUACGCGAGUUGCAACGCUUGAUUGAAUAUAACAAGGCCGAGCUUGACAUUGUUCUUCAUCAACUUGCUAUAUGUCGUGCUCAAGCUCAUCAACAGCAAAUGACAGAGGCUACAGAUCCUACAAUCAACUGUGAGAUGGUCGGUGUAGAUCCUUUGAGUUCAUACAAUAAUGCAUUGCAAUACCAUUAUCUUGGACCGCAUCAACAAGAACAGUUCUUUGUUGUUAAUAAUCAUUUGCAAGAAGAUGUCAAUGCAUGGACGACCGUCCAAGAUUCUGCAUCAACAUUGUCAUCUUUGCACGUUAAUAAGCAUGGCCCAGACAGUGAAUGCGAUGAUGUUAAGCCGGUUUUUGAUGUAUCUUGUGAAAGAAAUGAGAUUAAGUUCGAGCCGGAAGAAUUGAUCGCAAGGAGUGAUGAAGUCACCUUAAGGAUAGACAAUGCGACAUUAAAAGAAGAUGAUGGUUCCAUCCAACAAGCUCAGGAUCAUGAUCUAAAAGGAGCAGCUACUUUGUUUACCCUCACAAAUUGCAACAGUUGAAAGUUUAGCAAGACAUAUAGAAUAGCAAACCUCUCAUAUCAUUUUGUUGUCAGUACUUAGUAUAGUUAAAACACAUAUCCAAGGCCGACUAAAACACAUUUUGUGGAUUUAGGAGACAAUUUUAAAGUGAGGCCUUUUGCAAAGAAUUAUUAGUUCUUUCAA